AUGAUAAAGACGAUAAUUAUUGCUUCUUUGGCGGUUUCCAUGAUUUUCGCAACUCCAAUUCGAAGCACAGUUGGCUCGGAAGACGAAGACAUUCUAGAAUUCUCAGUGUCCAAUCGAGGUCAUGAGUUCGCAAUGCCCACCAGGAACAUCCUUCCGGAAAGACUAAUCGACGAGGUGCCCAUUGACACCAACAGUUCUCAGGAACGCGUUUCUGCUGUUCAUUCCGAAGACGACAUCUUCUACAAGUUCGCAAGUCUUCCACUUUUCCCAGUCGAGAAAUCGCUGAAAUCGCUCAACGGAUUCUAA